UCUCUCUCUUCCUUAUCCCUCUCCGCCAUUCUCUCUCUCUCCUUUUCUCCGAACUCUCCAAUGGCCGGUCUACUAAAAACGCCGUCGUUACAUCUCACACCUACUCUUCUUCAUGCACCUUCUGUACCCUUUAAGCCCUUUUGCGUCUCCUUCGCCGGAGGAAGGAACACCAGCGUCUCACUCUCUCGCCGAGCUUCUCUCCGGUCUAUCUCUGGUGGCCAUCCUCUCCGGUUACUAAACCUCGUACCGUUUGCUUCUGGAGAAGCCGAGACGACGGAGACUGAGGUGGAAUCUAGCGAACCCGAAGUCCAGGAGACGGAUGGUGCUGUUGGUGUUGAGGGUGAAAAUGCCGAGGAAGAAGAAGCAGCGGUUACCAUAGCAUUGCUGAAUUCAUAUAAAGAAGCUUUAGCAGAGAACAACGAGGAGAAGAUUGCUGAGAUAGAAGCAUCAUUAAAGUCCAUUGAAGAUGAAAAAUUUCAGCUUGAGGAGAAAGUCGCUUCUUUAACUAACGAAAUGUCGGUGGAGAGGGAUCGGCUGAUUAGGAUCAGUGCAGAUUUCGACAACUUCAGGAAGAGGACGGAGAGGGAAAGGCUAAACCUUGUUUCAAAUGCUCAAGGACAGGUUGUGGAGAACCUUUUGGCUGUUUUGGAUAAUUUCGAGAGAGCUAAAUCCCAGAUUAAGGUGGAGACUGAGGGAGAAGAGAAAGUCACCAACAGCUACCAGAGCAUAUACAAACAGUUUGUAGAAAUUCUGGGCUCGCUUGGUGUUGUCACUGUGGAGACAGUCGGCAGGCAGUUUGAUCCAAUGCUUCAUGAGGCAAUAAUGAGAGAGGAUUCUGCCGAAUACGAAGAGGGUAUUGUACUUGAAGAAUACAGGAAAGGUUUCUUGCUAGGCGAAAGGCUUUUACGUCCUUCAAUGGUGAAAGUAUCAGCUGGACCUGGACCAGAGAAGCCUCGUGAAGCUGAAGGAGAAGAAGGUACUGCAGAAGGUAGCACAGAUGAAGAAGAAGCAGAAGCGUCUUCAUCUUGAACUAGAAAGACAAUCAGGACAGCAGUUUUGUGUGUGUGACAGAGAGAGAGAGAAGGGUCCGGUUACGAUUAAUUAUUGUUAUUGUCAUUUUAAAUUAUAUAAUUUCUACAGAGUUUAGAGAAAAUAGAACGAGAUUUUUCGAUUAAUACUUAAUUUUUGAGUAUUUGAUACCGGAAUAUGAUGGAUUUUGUUCUU